AUGCAUCUCUUUCUUCGUCAGAUAUUGGCUUCAUUGUUUGCUUUAGCCUUCACUUCUUCGGUUGUGGAUGCUGUGCCAACCAAUUUUCAGCGAAAUGACCCUUCACUUGUGAAGAAAGCAGUAGAUGUAUCAAAAUUGACACGGAUCGAUUUUCAAAACUACGCCGCAUCCGCUAUCAACGCUUUACAAAAGACAUACUGGAACGACAGUGCAGGACUCUGGGGACAAGCUGACAGCACUGGAAAAUUCAAUGGAGAGUGGUGGCCUAGCGCAAAUGUACUUACAAUGAUGGCCGACUACUAUGAGAAAUAUCCGACUACCGCUACAUGGAUGCCAGAUCUUUUUGCGACCGUUUUAACCCACGCCCCGGCAUUUGCUUUUCAUGAUUUUCUCAACGGCUUCUACGAUGAUGAGCUCUGGUGGGUCUUGGGUUGGAUUCAAGUCUAUGAUGCGACUGGAAAUGUCACAUACCUCAAUACCGCUGCCACCAUCUACGAGGACGCCAAGUCUGUUUAUGGCCAAACUCCUUGCGGAGGCUUAUGGUGGGACAAAGCUCAUUCGGGCGUCAACAGCAUAGAAAAUGAACUCUAUUUCACAGCCAGUGCCAAACUAGCCAACCGUCUCCCCGCCAAGAAAGCCUCAUCAGGCCAAGGAUAUUAUUUUGAACAAGCCCUCGCUGCAUACGCUUUCCUCGUCACCAGUUCCACCACCUCCAUGGACCCAUCUACUCACCUCUUCAACGAUGGCAUUUCCAUGUCUACUUGCAAAAACAAUGGCGGUAUUGUUUUCACCUACAACCAAGGCGUCAUCCUCGCUGGCCUUACAGAACUCACCUGGUCCACCGGCAAUCAUGCGUAUACCGCUCUCGCCGUCCAAAUUGCCAACUCUGUCAUUGCAACCCUCACGACCUCCGCCGGAAUCCUGCAAGAACGCGCUUGCGAACCUAAUGCAUGUGAUGCCGACGAACAACAAUUCAAAGGCGUCUUCACUCGCAAUCUCGCAUUUCUAGUCAAUAGAGCAAUGGGUGUUGAUGCACAGACUCUCACCACCUAUCGCAACUUCUUGGCCAACAAUGCGGCCAGUAUUAUCCAACACGAUAUGGAUAAGAAUAAUAUGUUGGGAUUGGUAUGGAGUGGCACGGCUUCCCCGACUUACAGCUUGGAAACGGAUGGAAGUGCCUUGGAUACACUUGUUGGAGCGUCGAUUACGGCUUUGAAUUAG